GUGAUAUUGACUGAUUUCAUUGAACCACUAGAAAUUAUCUCAGCAAGAAUAAUUUCAGAUGUUUAUCGACAAAAAGUGAGACUUAAUAAAUCUGAUUCAAAUGAAAUUCGAGGAAAAUAUGACAACUGUAUUUGGGAUGAAUCACAAUGUGGGUCAAAGCUUAUUAUUGAGGAUGAUAGAAAAGUUGUAUAUGCACCAAAUGAUCUUAUUUCAUAUCAAAAUGUUAGAGCCAAAAUGUUAAUAGAAAAUAGUGGUAUCUUUGAAUGGGACAUAAUAGUUGAGAAAGUAUGUACAAAUGCUUGGGUUGGAGUCUGUUCAUCAGAAAAUUUUAAUUAUGAAUUCUUUGCUGGAGAUCAACCAACCGGAUGGGUAUUAGGCAGCGGUGGUAAUAUUUAUAAUUCAGGAAAAUGGAUAAGAUAUUGUCCUUCAUUUGGCGAUGGUACAAGAAUUACUGUUCAUUUAGAUUUGAAUAAAAGAAUUUGUUCUUUUACAGUUAAUG